UUUAUCCACACUAGUCCGCGGCACGUGUUUUAUUGUUGUUAUUCGUAAAAUGUUUGCUAAAAAACCGAAAAUAAGCGUGGAAGUGGACACGGAGGUGGAGGCCACACCACAGACAAUACAGGCACGUCUGAUAUCCGACACAGGCGAGGAGGCAGGACCGCCCAUAGACCUGCCGGCGGGCAUAACGACGCAACAAUUGGGUCUCAUCUGCAAUGCGCUUCUGAAGAACGAGGAGGCGACACCUUAUCUGUUCUUUGUGGGCGAGGAUGAGAUCAAGAAGAGCCUCGAGGACACCCUCGACCUGGGCACAGUGGACACAGAGAAUGUGAUUGACAUUGUCUACCAGCCACAGGCCGUGUUCAAGGUUCGUCCAGUCACCCGAUGCACCAGCUCCAUGCCCGGCCAUGCCGAGGCGGUGGUCUCGCUAAACUUCAGUCCGGAUGGCGCUCAUCUGGCCAGCGGCAGCGGUGACACCACAGUCCGCCUGUGGGAUCUGACCACGGAGACGCCACACUUCACGUGCAGCGGCCACAAGCAAUGGGUGCUGUGCGUCGCCUGGGCACCGGAUGGCAAGCGCCUGGCCAGUGCCUGCAAGGCGGGCAAAAUCAUCAUCUGGGAUCCGGAGACGGGCCAGCAGGUGGGACGCACACUGGCAGGCCACAGGAAGCACAUCAAUUGCCUCGCCUGGGAGCCAUUCCAUCAGAAUCCCGAAUGCCGCAAGCUCGCAUCCGCCAGCAGCGACGGCGACUGCCGCAUCUGGGAUGUGAAACUGGGCUCGUGUCUGCUCAACAUUGCCGGACACACGAAUGCCGUGACUGCGGUACGCUGGGGCGGCGCUGGGCUCAUCUACACCUCGUCCAAGGAUCGCAGCAUCAAGAUGUGGCGCGCUGCCGAUGGCAUCUUGUGCCGCACCUUCACCGGCCAUGCCCAUUGGGUGAACAAUAUUGCCCUGAGCACGGACUAUGUGCUGCGCACGGGACCCUUCCACCCGGUCAAGGAUCGCACCAAGUCCUACCUGAGCAUGACACCGGAGGAGCUGCAGGCCUCGGCCCUGAAACGCUACCAGGCUGUGUGUCCCGAUGAGGUGGAGUCCCUGGUAUCCUGCUCGGAUGACAACACCCUCUAUCUGUGGCGCAACAACACAAACAAGUGCGUGGAGCGCAUGACUGGCCACCAGAAUGUCGUCAACGAUGUCAAGUACUCGCCGGAUGUGAAGCUCAUUGCCUCGGCCUCCUUCGACAAGUCUGUGCGCCUGUGGCGUGCCUCCGAUGGCCAGUACAUGGCCACAUUCCGCGGUCAUGUGCAGGCCGUCUAUACCAUAGCCUGGUCAGCGGAUUCCCGUCUGAUAUGCUCCGGCAGCAGAGAUUCCACACUGAAGGUUUGGAGCGUACAAACGAAAAAGCUGGCCCAGGAGCUGCCUGGACAUGCGGACGAGGUUUUCGGCGUAGACUGGGCGCCGGAUGGCUCUCGGGUGGCCUCUGGCGGCAAGGAUAAGGUGAUCAAGCUCUGGGCCUACUAGGAGCAUCGCAUCGUCUGUUGUACACUUUAGGAAACUACUUGGGGAGGGAGAGAAAUAAAGCUAAGGUCCUGAGUAUAAAUGCGCCUCUAAAUGCUC